AUGGAAGGCGAAUCCGCCGAACUUUUGGCAGCUAACCAAGAAAUCGCCCGCCUCAACGAACUCGUCGAAAACUUGAAGAUUCUCAAGCGAACCGCGGACGAAGAACUUGAAGAAACUAGACUAAACCACGAGCGGUGGGAACAAGAGCUCAUACGCCAGCAAAAUAUGCCACCCGGAGGUAGUGCCGACACCCAAGUAAUGUUUAAAUUACUACAAAACAUUGAAAUUUUGGCCUCCAACAUGGCCGCCAACAAGCAACCCGUCUACCAUUUUUCGGACAAGCAGUUUCCCAAAUUCAACAUUGACAAACCUACUGAGUGGGACAGGUUUGAAUCGGCGCUCACAAUUGCAUUUUCCGACGUCGACGGGCACGCUUUAGACGACAAACAAAAACGUCGCAUUCUGCUGCAAAACGCAGGGGAUGGACGCCUGUUUAACCUUGCAUCAGAUCUGCUCAAAUCUAAGAAGAAAGAUAUCAGCACUGCGAGUUUUGGAGAAAUAAUUACAGCCCUUCGUCAAUUCUUCAAACCCAAGAUCAGCCCCGCCGCAGCUUACGCCAAGUUCACCGGGCUGAAGCAGCUCUCCAACGAGCCUGCACUGCAGUUCGUGGCGCGCCUGCAGGCCGCGGCCGCCGACUGCAGUUUUGAAGACAAGACAAGCGACUUGCUGUUGUGGCAGUUUGUGGUCGGCAUUUCGAACCAAUCCGUCCAACACCACCUCCUCAACACAGAAGAGAAGCUGACUUUCGAGAGCGCCAUCGGUACAGUCACCACCUCCGAGACUACCUCCACACAUGUGCGUGCGCUGCAGGGCACCGAGUACGCCUCGGGUGCGGCUGGCGGCACGUCCGCGACGACGCUUGCCGCGGUGCACCACGCCGGCGCCGCCCAACAAGGCUACCAGCAGCGUGGGCACGGCGCACAUCAAGGCGCUGCCGCGUCGUCACCGAGCUACAACGGGAAGCCGCAGCAGCAGCAAUCACAGCAUCAAAACCAGCAGCAGCAGCAGCAACAAAAACAAAAAGGUUGCUCCGUGGGGGCACCCAGCCCCGUCUCUGUGAGAGCCACCCAAGAGGACCCGGGUGCAUUCCCGCCCCACACGGCCCAGCUGUUCCGUGUCGGUGAGGCGCACCUGCACACGCCACCUUCUCCGGUCUCCUUUCCACUGGAGAAGUUUGCGGGACAAUGCGACCCAUCCUCUCUACGCCCGUCGGACCCUGUCAUCGUGCACAUGGAACUCGACGGCCAGCCUGCGACCAUGGAAGUGGACAACGGCGCCACCUACACAACGAUGGCGUCCGGAACAUACGAUCUUCUGUGGCCGCAUCGCCCACCUUACGCGCCUGGACAGCGCCCAGACCUGCAGCCAGUAGAGAUACUGCUGCAGCCGUACCUUAGCUCGCCAGUCACUGCAGCCCUAGGUGCGCGCGCCGUCCGGGUCCGCUUCCGCAACAUCGAGGCCACGCUCCCGCUCGUCGUCGUCGAGGGCCCCAGCUCCCUCCGCACGCUCAUGGGGCGUAACUGGUUCCCUGCACUCGGGAUAUCAGUGGCCGGCCUCAACCACCUCAGCCCAUCCGUGCCGGCUGACAUUCAGCUACACCCGGCUCUCAACCAGGAUCCAAACACCCUGGGUUGCUACAAGGGACCGCCGGUGCAGCUCGAUUGGGACAAGACCGCCGCGCCCAAGUACCUGCCUGCACGCUCGGUGCCGUACGCCAUUGAAGACAACGUGGUGGACGUCAUCAACACUCUGCACAGGCAGGGCGCCAUCUCGCCCACACCGUACGCCCCCAUCGGCUACGCCACCCCGGUCGUCAUUGUGCACCGCCCCGACGGCCGCAUCAGGAUGUGCGGGGACUACAAGUCGACUGUCAACAAAGUCCUGCGCCCCGACCGCUAUCCACUCCCCACGGCCGACGCUGCCUUCGCGAAGAUCGCCAACGCCACCGUCUUCUCGAAGAUCGACCUCGACCAGGCAUUCACCCAGGUCCCCGUCGACGACGCGGCCGCCGACCUACUCACAAUCAACACGAUCCGAGGCCUCUACCGAGUACAUCGCCUACCUUUCGGCAUCUCCGCGGCCUCGGGCAUCUUCCAGAGGCUCAUGACCGACCUCCUAGCGGGACUCCAAGGCGUCGUAGUACUGCAGGACGACAUCCUCAUCUGCGGCCAGGACAUCCCCACACACGACGAGCGUCUCCGAAUCGUCUUGGACAAAGUGCACAACGCCGGCCUCCGCAUCCGCCCCAACAAGUGCCUCUUCCGGACCGACGCCGUCGUCUUCCUGGGCUUUCGAGUGGACAUCAAGGGCAUCCACCCCGUCAAGGACAAGGUGGACGCCAUCCGCCACUUUCCUUCGCCUCGGGACAAGCAACAACUGCAAAGCUUCCUCGGUCUAGUUAAUUUCUACGACCGAUACUUUCCUGACAAAGCCACCAGGUUCGAGCCGCUCUACAGACUGCUCAACAAGGACACACCCUGGAGCUGGACAGAAGAACAUGAAACAGCAGUCAAGUACGUCAAGGACAUCCUGCUCUCUGAUCAAGUUCUUGACUACUAUGACCCCAAGAAACCUAUAUGUAUGUCAGUCGAUGCGUCAGACUACGGCGUUUCUGCUGUCCUCGCCCACAUCUACCCGGACGGCCUGGAGCGCCCCGUCGCCUCCGCGUCGCGGACAUUGACACCAGCCGAACGUCGCUACGACACCUUCAAUAAGGAAGCGACCGCCCUACUGUUUGGAAUAACAAAGUUCCACAAGUACAUCUACGGCAAGUCUGGUCUCAUCAUCUACACGGACCACAAACCUUUGGUCGGGUUUUUCAAGCCGCACGCGCCCACGCCUGAGCACAUCUCUCCUCGGCUGCUGCGCUGGUCCGUGAUCAUGGGCUCUUACGAUUACCAGAUAGUCCACCGAGCCGGUAAAAAGAACGGAAAUGCUGAUGCAUUUUCUCGUCUUCCCCUACCACAUCAAGACGAUGACGUCAUCCCCGAGGCCGCCGGCAUUCACCUGCUCGAGUUGUCGUCGGGAUGCCCAGUCAACAACAAAGAAGUUUUGGACGCCACUGUCGGAGACCCCGUCCUCCUGGCCGUCCACGAGGCCGUCUACACUGGUCACUGGCCGACUCCACUCCCGGCCGUGCUGCAGCCGUACCACAACGUGAAGACCGAGCUCACCACCCUGGACACACUGGUGCUGCGCGGCGACCGCGUCGUCAUCCCCGAGGCGCUCCGCGAGCGCGUCCUCAACAGCCUCCACGCCGCACACCACGGCAUGACCAGGAUGAAGGACGUCGCCUACAGCUUCGUGUGGUGGCCUGGCCUGCACACCCAGAUCGUGGAGCUGGUCAAGACCUGCCCCAUCUGCCAAGAGCACCAGCGCAACCCCCACUGCACCUACAAGUCCUGGCCCACACCUACAGGGCACUGGGAGCGCGUCCACAUCGACUACUGCGUCUACCACGGGCAGAACUACCUCGUCCUGGUGGACGCGUGGAGUCGCUGGCCCGAGGUCAUCCCCGUCAGCACCCUCACCGCGGCGGAGCUGAUCCGGCACGUGCGCAACAUCUUCGCGGCCCACGGCGUGCCGCGCCUCCUGGUGUCGGACAACGGCAGUCAGCUCGUCUCGCAGGACUUCAACAACUUCCUGGCACACAACGGCUGCAAGCACCUGACGUCCGCGCCCUACUUCCCGCAGUCCAACGGCUUGGCCGAGCGAACCGUCGGAUCCUUCAAGUCCAUCCUCAAGAAGCUCGACGGCGAGGACUGCCACGCCAAGACCGCGCGCGCGCUCUUCGCGAUGCGCAUCACCCCCUGCAGCGCCACGGGCGAGCCACCGGCCGAGCGCGUCUUUCACCGCCGCCUGCGCACGCCCUGGGACGUCAUCAAGCCGACCGACAGGGAAGCCGCAGACGACCACGACGGCCCGCCAACAGCAGUCCUCGCCCCCGGCCAGCACGUCUCCUUCCGGGACCACCGCCCAGACCACGGCAAGUACUCCCACGGCGUCAUCGUCGAGAGCAUCGGAACCCAGAUGUACCGCCUCCGAGAUGAUGACAACGUGGAGCAUUGUAACGUUUGUAUUGCUAAUCUUCUUUUGCAGUAUAUUUUUGUAUGUGUACAUUAA